CGGCAGGUUAUCUUGUGACUGAGGCGGUCGCUUCUUCCUCCCUGGAGCGCUUGGAACCUGUCUAGCCGCGAUGCGUCUCUUGGUCGCCGCGUUCCUGCUCCUGGCGCUCGGCGCCUCGGCCCUGGCGGAGCCGGUGCAUUUCAAGGACUGUGGUUCUGCAGUUGGAGUUAUAAAAGAACUGAAUGUGAACCCAUGCCCUGCCCAGCCUUGCAAACUGCACAAAGGCCAAUCUUACAGUGUCAAUGUCACCUUCACCAGUAAUAUUCCAUCUCAAAGUAGCAAAGCCGUGGUGCAUGGCAUCGUGUUGGGCGUCGCAGUUCCCUUUCCCAUUCCUGAGGCUGAUGGUUGUAAGAGUGGAAUCAACUGCCCCAUCCAGAAAGAUAAGACCUACAGCUACCUGAACAAACUGCCAGUGAAGAACGAAUACCCCUCUAUAAAACUGGUGGUGCAGUGGAUGCUUCUGGGCGACAACAAUCAGCAUCUCUUCUGCUGGGAAAUCCCAGUUCAGAUUGAAGGCUAGUGCUGUUUAGGCCAGUAUGUCCAUCUGGGGGUGAGAGAGCACAAGUGGAGGGAGGGCAGGAGAAAUCCAGUCUAACCUAAAUCAGUGCCAUAAGAUGAAAGGAAUUUCCACACCACCAUUUUAUGCUUCUCAGCCUCCAGAAGGUUCCAGACCCUGUUUCCUGAGAGCUCAGAACUAUUGCCCUUGUAAUAUCUUCUUUGAAGGGUUAGAGGGAAGAAGAGAGAGGGAGGGAUAGGCAUGAAUUUAAUUGUCCUCAGUGUUUCUUGCUGUUGGAAUACGGAGGGUCCAGCGGGUCAGGACCCAAAUGAGGCUGCACAGGGCCCUUGGAUAAUUUGCCCUCGGGUGAUCAGUCUUUGCAGCGGAGGACGGGUUCCCAACCUCCCUCACCUCCUGGGAUAUUACAUCCGCAAGUUCCUCAUCUCCAAGUGCCUCCUUGAGUUCCGUACAUUGGGCCAGCAAGUCUGCUGACCUGUGACAGCACCUCCAGCUCUGCUGCUUCAACAACAGUGACUGGCUGUCCAGUGGUGCCCAGCAUGUCAAUGGAGGGGACAUGCUCAACCACAGAAACUCACGUCUGAGUGGCCAGUUCUCUAUAGUUCUCUCCUGUCUCCUUUUCUGUCUAAGGUGGUUUUCAUUAAAUGCAGCACUUGAUUAGCAGAUGUUUGAUUUUUUUUUUUUUUAACAACACUAACUUGUGGCCUCUUUGUGCAACUGGAAAUGUCCUUUUGAAUAAAUAAAACUUGGUGGUCUUGUCUUCUGC